AUGGAUGAUUCUUUAAACAAUAAAGAGGUGCUAUCUUCAUUUUUAGAUGGUUCAACAUGGAAGAAUAUGAGAUCCAAGUUUAAAAAACAGUUUGUGUUCCCUAUUUUUCUUUAUUACGAUGAUGUAGAAAUGGGAAAUCCUCUUGGAUCUCACUCUGGUAUUCACAAAAUGGGUUGUGUUUAUUACACAGUUGCUGGGCUCCCCCCAGAAUACUUAUCUUCACUAGAUAAUAUAUUUCCUGCUUUUUUAUUUCACACACAAGAUAGAGGAUAUCAAUCUAUUCCUAAUAAACAAAUGUUUUCAGCUCUAAUAAAAGAAUUAGAAAGUUUGCAAGAAGAGGGUAUUAUGAUUAGUAUUGAUGGUAAAGAAAUUAAAAUUUAUUUUUCUCUAGGUUUAGUUUUAGGGGAUAAUUUUGGUUUAAAUUCCAUUUUAGGCUUUGUUGAGAGUUUUUCAGCUAAUUUUUACUGUCGGAUAUGUAGGUCCCCCAAACAAGAACUUCAACGAAUGUGUCGUCAAUCAAAUCUUUCACUUAGAAAUGCAAUUAAUUAUGAGUCUGAUGUUCAACUUAAAAAUGUACAUAAAACUGGUGUUCAUGAACAAUGUAUCUUUCAUAAAAUUCAGCACUUUCAUGUUACUGAAAAUUUAGUUUGUGAUUGCAUGCAUGACAUCCCGGAAGGUGUGGCACGUUAUGAUAUGGCACUAAUUAUUUCAGGUCUCAUUGAGCAGGGUUAUUUUACACUAAAUGAGUUAAAUAACCGAAUAUGUUUAUUUAAUUAUGGCACUACAGAACGAAAAAAUGUACCUCCAUUAAUCCGUGAGUCCAAUAUCAAAAAAGGUAAUAUAAUAAUGUCAGCUUCAGAAAUGCUAUGUUUAAUUAGGUACUUUAGUCUGAUGGUUGGUGAAUUGGUACCUAGAUCAUCAGAGUAUUGGAAACUUUACCUUCUUCUUCUUCAAAUUACUAACUUAUGCUGUGCUCGGAAAAUACAAAAAGAUAGUUCUUUUUUAUUAGAUUCCCUCGUUUCUGAACAUAACAAAUUAUACUUAUUUUUGUCUAAAAGUACUUUAAAACCUAAAUUUCAUAUGCUCACUCACUAUGGUCAUAUUUUGCGAAAAAAUGGACCAUUUACUUUAACAUCUAGUUUGCGUUUUGAGGCUAAGCAUAAAACUCUGAAAGCAUUAGCAAAUGCUAUCCCUUGUCGAAUAAAUCUUGGUUACACUAUCUCAUAUAAAUUACAGUUGCAAAUGGUCAAUCGUCUACUUUUGGGUACUAAUUUUAGUGAUAAGAACUUAAAACUUGGCUUAGGAAAAAUUAUAAAUUGUUCUUCAGAAUUCCCUCAUACAAUAAUUGCACAACUUCCUGAAGAACUAAAAACUAAUUGUUAUAAAGCAUCAUGGCUAGAGUAA